CGUUGCCGGUGUCCAUCCUGGCGAUUGGGUCGUACGUUAAACCGCUUAGUGGCCUUUGUGCUGCAGGAGUUGCUGAAAGGCAUAAUUUGGAAGCUGCUCUCUGGCCAAAUUGAUCCACCGAGUCUGCCGACAACAGAAUACUAAACGGCGCCCAUCAUGGAUCCCCUCGACCCAUCAGCGCUGUUGGAGACACUACCUACGCUACUCCCUGCGCGCCCCAUUUCGGAAUCUUCGGCGCCCGGGUUCACAUCAUGGCAGCUGCGCAAUCCUCAAGAUGGGCUUGCAGCGAUGGCGCAUACCAUCAUGACCCGUUUGGAUUUCCGAUUGAUCAACCUUGGCGAGAGUCAUAGGGUUACGCCGAGCUCGCCUGAUUCAUCUACUGUUGCUAACAGGCUGCCUAAUGGUUGGAGCAGGGGCUCGCCGGAUACAUUCACGUUCGGAUACAAACACGAACAGAGUAGCUUGGAAUUCAUUGUCAAGGUUAUCAAAAUGGCGAAUAGGACGUUGUUUAACGCUACAGCUGUUGAAGAUAGCAAGACUGCUACAUAUGAGCUGCAGACCAGCGACUACACUUCCGCCUCUUUCUUUCCUUACCCAUCAAGUCCCUCGACAGGAGCACAGCCAGAACACCUGGUCAAUGGCUUUAUCUCGUCCUCGCGACUGCGCGACUUUGUCCUUGCAUACAAGCAAUUGAUCGUGCAAAAGCUUGUGCCGGGCCUGCGCAAGGAUGGCUACGAGGAGGGAACAAGCGAGGCGGAAGGAUCGGGAAGCAGGCGUCUCGCCUCUGGGCAAUCGCAGCAACAGCAGCAGCUCGAUCAAGGCGAGAGGAGGCACUUCUAUCCCGAUGACCCUGUCGGUCCAAGGCUGCCCAACCGGCCGCCGUACUUUGACGAUCCCGAUGACCCAAGCACGCCUGACAUUGGUGGUCGCAAUCCGCUCAUCAUCGGUGAUCGCGAUCUCGACCCUCUCGGAGGUGCGCCAUUUGCAGGUCCACAUCCAUUCGGCGGCGGCAGCUUCGGUCCACCUCCCCUGUUCCCAGGUCAACCACCAGAUCAUGGCGGAGGCAUGAUCGUCGGGCCGGACCAUCCAAUGUUCCGAGAUCGUUUCCAGCCAGGAGGCUUCGGUGGGGGCGGUAUGGCCGGUCUGCCACCCGGGGCUGUCCCUCCUGGUGCACGCUUUGAUCCCAUUGGGCCCUUUGGACAGGGACCUUGCGCUCCGCAGCCUGGCGCAGGAAGAGGUCGCAGAGGUCCGGCAACCGGAGAGCCUGAUUUCGACGACUUUAGGCCUCCGAGAAGUAGUGACUACGACAACAUGUUCAUGUGAUCUUGACUAGGUUUGCGUUCGUUUGCCUCAUGAGAUGAGCUUUAGUCGUACGCUCUUAGGUAGCGCUGUAAUGCAAAAUGCAAAGGAAUCAUCAGAAGUCCGUACCCGGUUGAC